GCGGCCCGGGAGUCGCUCAUGGGGCCGCCCCGCGGGAGGAGGAGCACCCGCGGCAUCUCCCUGGGGCUCCUCGCCUUGUGUCUGGCCGCCGCCCGCUGUCUGCAGAGUCAGGGCGUGUCUCUGUACAUUCCCCAGUCAGCCAUCAAUGCCACCAUCCAAGAAGACAUCCUGCUCUCAGUUGACUACUCUUGCCAUGGGGUGCCCACCAUCGAGUGGAAGCACACGUCUAAUUGGGGCAUGCAAAAGAUCGUGGAGUGGAAGCCAGGGGCUCUGGCCAACGUCUCUCCGAGUCACAAGGGCCGAGUCUGCACCUUCGACAACGGCUCCAUCCAGCUCUUCAGGGUGGGUGUGAGAGAUUCCGGCUACUAUGUCGUCACAGUGACAGAGCACCCAGGCAGCAGCCAGAUUGGUACCAUUGUGCUGCACGUGUCAGAAGUCCUCUAUGAAGACCUCCACCUGGUCGCUGUGUUCCUUGCUUUCCUUGCUGCUGUUGCCGCAGUGUUGAUCAGCCUCAUGUGGGUGUGCAAUAGGUGUGCAUAUAAAUUCCAGAGGAAGAGGAGACACAAACUGAAAGAAAGCACCACUGAAGAGAUUGAGCUGCAAGAUAUUGAGUGUUGACCACAGCUGGGCCCAAUUGCAUUGCUACCUCAAGAGAAAAAGAGUAUUUUCCAGCCAAAGAACAAACAGAGCCACUCCCCAUCCCCCUGCUUCUGGCGCUCCUGCCAUGCACCCUCUUCCCCAUGGGACAGCUGGAAGGAAGCAAACCUGACCGUGUGGCGCUGGAGUCUGUGGCCCGCACAGAGUCAGUUCAGGGACUUGCACGAGUUCAAGGAGAAGCAUGUCAGACUGAGCAAGGUCUUUGCUUGGCUGCAGCUUCAGAGCUGUGCUGACCCUGACCCCUUGGCACACGGCCGGCACUGGCCACUGCUCACGACACUUGCUCUGGUCUCAGGGUGGCUGGUUGGAGGAGUCCCUGUCUCAGAGUGUCCCCAGAGUGCCUGAUGUGCAGGCAGUGUGGGGAUACACUGUGUUCAUGGUCCAGCCUGUGCCUUCCAACCCCCAUCUUGCAUUCCAGAAGCACCACAGUGGGAGCUGAUGUGGUAAAACCCGAGGCUGUGGGAGAACCUGCUGUCUCCGGAGCAGAGGUAGUUGGGGGCUGUCAUGCUGCGGUGAGUGCGAGGAGGCAUGCCCUGCGGCGUGGAGCUUUAGGGAGGGAGGUCAGGGUUACUUGAGGAACCAGUUUUGGAUAGAAGGAAUAGGGAGACACGAAUGUUUCUAAUUUCCGUCAUUUAAAACUAAGUUGAUUUGCCCCACAUGGCCCAAAUACAGGUCAUUGUGAGGAAAAAGUGGCUCAUGUAGACUAGGGACAGCAUCUGGCCUCCUGGCCAGCUGCCAAUACAACUGGAAAACUCUGUCUUGUUGAGCUUCAUUGAGAUCUGUCCUUAAUCACCAAUACCUCACAUGCCCAGAUAGGCCCACCUGCUUCACAGUUAGGACAUCAAGGGAUGCCCACAGUGAGCUUUGGGUGCUCAUGGCAUUCAAGAAAAGCAAAAGAAUUCUUGAAAUCACUGGGAAGAGUUGUACUAAGUGAAAAUUACGAUCCCCUGGACAGUGGGGCUCUGGCAUUUUGGGAUGUGGAUCACAGGCAGUCUUCACCCUUAUUCUCAGGUUGUUGGUCAUGAUGUUUACACCUGCCAGUUUCUCCUUCCCCACUUCCACUUGUGAAACUCUAAAAGCGGGCAUGUGUCUAUCUUCAGUCUGUUCUCUCUCAUCUUCGUAGCUACAGAGCAAAGCUCACAGUCAGUGAUGAUGGAAGUGAGUGGGGAGUUGUUGGCAGCACACUGGUUACAAAUUCAUGCUGGUAAAGGUGAAGAUGUGCUAGAACAUUCCUUCUUGUCCCCCUCUCUUCGGGUCCCCAAUGCCCUUAUCUUUUCUAUGUCCCAUGAGGCAGGAAAGGAGUUACUGAGAGGAGCCUUUCUCUAGAGAAAGGAUCCAGGGCUAGAAGAAGGAGUCUUGGAGUAUUCAGAGAGGAGCUGGGCACGGUCUGGACAUGGACUCCACAGGCACCAUGGGACUGGUCAGCAAGCACAGGAGGAGGUCUCUGCACCGCGCUCAUGGAAGGUCCUCUCCCUUGGGCACCUUCUGUACACACGUGCACACCUGGGCUUUCCCCAGGCAGUGGCAGAGGAAGCAGCCCUGUGCCCACAGGUACUGAACUGUGAAGACACAGUGUGAGCAGAUCAAGGAGCAAUGUCUUCCUUUCUGCUGCUGGCCCCCGCGCCUCUUCUUUCAGCCUCCUGCUCUUCACAACUCCAGCUUGUGAGGAGGCUGGGGUGGUCAGCCUCACCCUGAAAGGAGAAGCGGAACAGAAUUCCCCAGGGCAGCCUCCAUGGGCAAGAGUAUCCCAGAAGAGGUUAUCUUCUCAGGUAUUGUUUCUUUGCAAGUGGGAUUUAUCUGUGCACUUUUAAAGCUUCCCCAUGUUUUAAACCUACUGUAGAG